AUGGUUCUUGUUCACAUCGUCCUGUUCAAAUUCCGCGCGGACGUCGGAGAAGAAGUGAAGCAGGAGUUUCUUUCCCAAAUUAAGACACUCAAGUCUUUGCCCUGUGUUAAAAGUCAGCGGCUUGUUGUUGGAGGUCCCUCAGUCACUACCCCAAUUGAAAAGAGCAAAGGAUUUCAAUAUGCUCUAGUGAGCUACCACAAUGAUCGAGCAGCAUUGGCUGAGUACCAAGCUAGCAGUGAGCAUGAAAGGUAA